AUUUUCCGGUUUUCUAAGCAUUCCUUUCUAAAAAUUCCUUCACUGUUUCUCAUCUUCCUCUUCUUAAACUCCUUUCUUUUCCGCCGGUAAACCUCCUCUUUUUACUCUACCGGAAAACCACCAGAACCAAAUUACUCAACCGUUUGUUUCCCUGCCUGAAGAUUCUGUUGGUUUGGAAGCGGAAAAUUUCAGAUCUCUGUGAUUUUGUAGAAUGUGGAUUAGAUAAGUAUUAUUUUGGAUAUUUCACGGUGAAGAUCUUCUUUUAGGGUUUUCUUUGAGGUGUGUUUUGCUAAUUGAAGGGUUUAUAAAGGAGGUUUCUCAGAAAUUGCUCGGUAUGAGAUGGUGGAAGGAAGGGUUUGUUUGUCAAGUGAUGCUAACAAUGGGUUAAAAAUUUUGAAGCAGAAGAGGUUUCAGCGGAUGAGUUCAGGUGUUGCACCUGAACUUUUAAAUUUUACUAAUAUGAUGACCAGAAGUGGAGGAGAUGCUCUUAGAGGCACAUCAUGUGGGACUCGACUGAACGUUCACCCAGCCACUUUUCCUCGGCUAGGUUCGAGUGGAAGAGAUGCUUUUUCUAAGCAUAAGGUGGAUAAGUUUGAAAUAGCUGAUCAGGAUUGGACUGACAAAAUUCCAGAGUGCCCUAUAUUUUAUCCAACUAAGGAUGAAUUUGAAGAUCCCUUAGUAUAUCUGCAAAAGAUUGCUCCAGAGGCUGCAAAAUAUGGCAUAUGCAAGAUCAUUUCUCCAGUCAAUGCAUCUGUUCCAGCUGGGGUUGUACUGACGAAAGAGAAAGCUAAUUUCAAGUUCACGACUAGAGUGCAACCUCUUCGUCUCGCUGAGUGGAGUACCGAAGACAAAGUCACUUUCUUUAUGAGUGGAAGAAAUUAUACAUUUCGGGACUUUGAGAAGAUGGCAAACAAGGUGUUUGCUCGUAGAUAUUAUAGUGCUGGAUGUCUUCCUUCCACAUAUAUGGAGAAGGAGUUCUGGAAUGAAAUAGCUUGUGGCAAGACAGAAUCUGUUGAAUAUGCAUGUGAUAUUGAUGGUAGUGCUUUUUCGUCUUCUCCUAUUGAUCAGCUUGGGAAAAGUAAAUGGAACUUAAAGACACUUUCUCGGUCGCCUAAUUCCAUACUGCGUCUUCUCGAAAAUGGGAUUCCGGGGGUAACCGAUCCCAUGCUUUACAUCGGAAUGCUAUUCAGUUUGUUUGCAUGGCAUGUGGAAGAUCACUACUUGUACAGCAUAAAUUAUCAUCACUGUGGGGCAUCAAAAACUUGGUAUGGGAUUCCUGGUGACGCUGCUCCUGAUUUUGAAAAGGUUGUUCGUGAACAUGUCUACACUCAGGAUAUUCUAUCCACUGAUGGGGAAGAUGGUGCCUUUGAUGAACUUUUGGGUAAAACGACGAUAUUUCCUCCAAACAUUUUGCUAGAACACGAUGUUCCUGUGUAUAAAGCUGUACAAAAGCCCGGGGAGUUUGUUAUCACCUUUCCACGGGCAUAUCAUGCAGGGUUUAGUCAUGGUUUCAACUGUGGUGAGGCAGUGAACUUUGCAAUCGGUGAUUGGUUCCCACUGGGGGCUGUGGCUAGCCGACGUUAUGCACUUCUUAAUAGAGCUCCUCUUCUUCCUCACGAGGAACUUCUUUGCAAAGAAGCAAUGUUUCUUUCUAGGUCUUCAUCCGUAACAACUGAUGUCCAGGAUGGGGAGUAUUUGAAAUUGGAUUCUAACCGUUGCGUUAAGGUUUCAUUUGUGCAUCUAAUGAGAUUCCAACAUCGUGCUCGCUGGUCAUUAAUGAAGCAAAGAGCUUGUUCAAGUGUUUCUUUGACAUCUCGUGGUACGGUUCUCUGCGGUAUUUGCAAACGAGAUUGCUAUGUAGCAUCCGUUCAGUGCAACUGUUCUCCUCAACCGAUUUGCCUCCUUCAUGGGAGUGAAUCAGUUUGCCCAUGUGGCGGCAGUCGUGAUCUUUAUGUCAGGGAAGACCUUAUUGAAAUGGAAGCUCUGGCCCAGAAAUUUGAGAAGGAAGAUGGAAUUUUGGACGAGGUUCAACAGCAACUAAAAUCUGGAAGUGAUUUGUGUUUGCAGUCAAAGUUAUUUCCAGGCCCUGAUCAGUCCGGCUAUGUUCCGUACUGUGAUAUAAAAUUUGAGCAAAAUCUCCAAGCUAGAACAGCCACAAUGUGUCAUGUGCGAGAUUUGAACAGUGAAGAGUUUAUUAAAACUGAACCUUCUCUCGCAUCUGCAGCGUCAACACUAUGUUCGUUUCUAGAGCCCAAGGCUGUUCCUACCAAGGGUUCUGAGGAAGUACCACUCAGCGCAUGUAAACCUUUACAAUAUUCUCCAUUAUAUGACAAAUCUUUGAGUUAUACCAGAGACAGUUCUCAGGGAUCUCAUAUCUCAUCCAAUGUUGAUCAAUAUGAUGAUGAUUCUGAUACAGAGAUAUUCAGAGUAAAACGCAGAUCUUCCAUGAAAAUGGAGCAAAGGUCUGUAAAGGAUAUGGACUUGAAGUUUUCUGAGCAACAGAGGCUUAAAAGGCUCAGGAAGCUCAAUCCAGAAGGGAGCAAUGAGCAGAUACAAUCAUCUGACUGUAACACUACCAAGAAAACGGACCGGCAUUUUGUAACCAUUUCUAACUCGAAAGAAGCUUCUGUUUUGGCUUCGAAGAACAGGAUCAACUUAGGGAAUGCAAUUACACCAGGCACCAAAUUCAUAGCUUCUAACAAGGAUGACAAUUUGCGAGCAAGAGAAAUCAGCAGAAAACCGAACUUCCAUAUGAACAGAGGAAAGACUGUGAGAGAACCAUCAUUUGUUGAUAUUGAGCCAAAGCGCCUUAAAGUUAAAGGCCCGUCGUAUUACUUUAGCAACAGUGAGCAGGCUGGGCCGAACAGUAGUAGAUAUUGGGGAACUGACAGAAACGUGGAAUGAAUAAUGAGGAUCCUUCCCUCGAGGAUGUAUAUCCUCUGCCCGACUUCGCUAUUAACUUCAUUCUUAACUCAAUGUAGGGGCUCUAACAAUUUUUUUUAGGGGAAAGCUGAAUUUGACAGUGGGAGCACACAACAGCUAUUAACAAAAGCGGGGUUUUUGGAGAAAAUAACCGAUUCUUCUUGUGCUUUGCCUUAAUGGAGGCAACCAUCACUUAGGAUUCUUCUGUUCUCUGGCCGAUGGCGGUUUUUUUCGCUCAUUGGGCUAGGGCAACUUGUUUGCACAGAAUAUUUAGGAGUUGUUGGGUAGUUGUGAGAAAUGUGAAUGUGUAAAUUGGUUUGGUUGAUUGAUCAAUCUCAACAUCUUGUGAGACAGGGUUAGGCUAUUCCUUACACAGGUCUAUCAGAGUCUCAGUUUAGGCAAGUCUCCUGCUAUGUUUCCCCGAUCAAUUUCUUUAUUCUUUACAACGAUGGGUAACACAUCAUUUGUGUACCUCGGAACUGAUCUAAUAAAAAAAUCGCUGAGUUUAGUUUUAACAU